CCGACCAACCCCUGUACGUUUUUGCAGGGACCGAAUCAAGCAAAAGCACGAGUGCGCUACAGCCAAAGAAACGCGGUAGCAACCAAAGAGAAACUUACCUUUAAAAGUGACCAUUUUCAACAUGGUCUUUUCCACGUCCAUUUAUAGCAUUCAAUUAUCAUCUUCAUAUUAUUAUUCCUCCUCCUGCUGCAUAGCCGCUGCUCCCUAUUCAAAGCCAAAACCAAAACAACUUUCUCUCAACCGUACCUCUGCUUUUCUCUCGGAUAUGGAUGCAACAAGCAGUCCAGGAUUGUACCCUUUGCACCUUUGUAAAACUCUGCAUCUGGUGAGGCAUGCUCAGGGGAUUCAUAAUGUGGCAGGGGAAAAAGAUCAUGACGCUUAUCUAUCUGAAGAGCUUUUCGAUGCCCAUCUCUCGCCUCUUGGCUGGCAACAGGUUGAUCAUCUGCGCAAGCAUGUUCAAGAAACCGGGCUUUCUAAGAAAAUCAAUUUGGUCAUUGUUUCCCCUUUGCUGAGGACCAUGCAAACUGCAGUGGGAGUCUUUGGUGGUGAAGGGUAUAAGGAUGGGAUGAACGUACCUCCACUAAUGGUGGCAGAUGCAGGCGAAAGUCACCGUCCUGCCAUUUCAAGUCUGAAUUGCCCGCCAUUUGUAGCAGUUGAGCUUUGUCGAGAACGUAUAGGAGUCCAUCCAUGUGAUAGAAGAAAAAGCAUCAAAGAGUACCAGCCUCUCUUUCCUGCAAUUGAUUUUUCUCUGAUAGAAAGUGAUGAGGACAUUUUAUGGAAAGCAAAUACUAGAGAAAAAAACGAAGCACUUGCAGUCAGAGGAAUGAAAUUUUUGAAGUGGUUGUGGACGCGAAAAGAGAAGGAAAUUGCGCUUGUUACCCACAGUGGGUUCUUGUACCAAACCUUAAAUGCUUUUGGGAGUGAUUGUCAUCCAUCUGUGAAAAGUGAAAUAUGCAAACACUUUGCCAAUUGUGAGCUUCGGUCUGUGGUUAUUGUUGAUAGAAGUAUGAUGGGAUCAGAUCCUGCAACAACUAACUAUCCUGGAAAAAUCCCUAGUGGGCUUGACCUUCCAAGUGAUGUUGCUGAUGAGAAGCAUUCAGAAGGAGUAGCCAAGUAGUUAUUAGCCUGGAGAGACGACCAAGCGGAAUUCGAGUUUGCUUGAUAUCCAUAAUAGGAUUAUUUACAAUAAAAAACAAAAAAGACUUUAAACAUGAAUUCCUACGUCCUAGGAUUUUCUUUGACAAGUUUUUUUUUUUUUUUUUGCUGCUCAUACAAAACAGAUGGAUCCAUGUUGCACCUUAGUAUCACCAAUUUUCAUUUUUAGCUGUCCGGGUUCCAUUCGAUCUAGUGGCUCCUAGGCCUUGCGAGUGCCUUAAAAUCAAUAGACCAUCGAUUCUGAUUUUUCGAAUUGACUUUUGUACGAAGGUCUCAAACUCUGUAUGAAUUAGUUGAUUCAAAAGACCAUGAAUCAACUGUGUUACGAAUAUAAUCGAACAUAAUCAAAUUAUAU